AUGACGAAGAAAGCAGACAAGUCAGGGAUAUCGCGGCCUUCUUCUCCGUCGCUCAGCGGAGGCUCUGGUCGGAACUUAGAGGUGGCUGUGAACUCAAGCGGAGAGGCAAGGAGGUCUACAAGACUGAGACUUCAGCCUUUGAGAAAGCCAAAGACAAGCCAGAAGAAGAAGAAACUUGCUAAACUCCAUGGGAAUAUGCCGAAGAAGCCUCCCACUGCUUUCUUCUUUUUCUUGGAGGAUUUCCGGAAGCAAUAUCAAGAGCAGAAUCCAGAGGUCAAGUCCAUGCGCGAGAUUGGGAAGACAUGUGGAGAGAAAUGGAAAACAAUGACAUACGAGGAAAAGGUAAAGUACUAUGACAUAGCCACUGAGAAGAGGGAAGAGUUUCACCGAGCAAUGACAGAAUAUACCAAGAGAAUGGAAUCAGGUGAAUAUGAUGAAUCAGAGACCGACUCGGAUUUUUCUGAAUAG